AUGGAAAAGCUAAAUCAGCUACAGUGGAUAGUUGCUUCGUACAACCAGCUAGGUAGUGACGCGCCAUGUGACCUGAAAUUCCUUGAUUCAAUCAAUUCUACAAGCUUGCAGGUCUUGGACAUCAGUGACAACAAUUUCAGUGGUAUUUUACCUGAAUCUAUAGGCAACUUAUCCUCCCAAAUUAAUAGAAUGACAAUCGAGAACAAUCGAUUGUCUGGAAAUAUCCCUUCAAGUAUUGGGAAUUUGCAAGGCCUAGAAUUGUUGUCCAUGGGCAAUAACAAGUUCACAGGCAACAUUCCUGAUACAAUCGCAAAUCUCAUCGAGUUGAAGUAUUUUAGUGCUGAUAUGAACAAACUCACCGGGAAUAUCCCCUCCUCAAUAGGGAACCUGACGGAGCUAAUGGAACUGAUCUUGAAUGGGAACAAUUUACAAGGGAGGAUUCCUCCGAACCUCUCGAGUAAUAAUUUCUCCGGCCCUGUUCCUACAUUCCUGGAGCAUUUUCAGUUGCAGUACCUGAAUCUAUCUUUCAACAACUUCGAGGGUGAGGUACCGAGCAAAGGGGUGUUCCUCAACACGAGCGCGACUUCGCUUGAAGGAAACAAUAAGCUUUGUGGUGGUAUGCCAAUCCUAGAUCUGCCAAGUUGUUCGACGAGCAUAGGAAAACGAGGAUCAUCUACUUACAUUAUCAUUGCAGUCACAUGUGGGAUAGUAGCGGCACUGAUUCUUCUAUCGCUACUGAUGACGUUUUAUUGGCUGAGGAGGAAGAACAGUAAGGCUUCUCUAGAGACUCCAUCAAUAGUAGGAUUUCAGCAAGUGUCUUAUAAAGACAUAGUCAAAGCAACAGACGGGUUCAACUCUAGCAAUUUGAUUGGAGUGGGUGGUUUUGGCUCCGUGUAUAAAGGGACCCUUGGAGAUGAUAACAAAAUAGUGGCUUUUAAGGUUUUUGACCUAAAGCAACGAGGAGCAUCCAAAAGUUUCAUGGCAGAGUGUGAAGUUCUUAAAAACAUAAGGCAUCGGAACCUUGUUAAGAUUCUAACAGCUUGUUCCAGUGUCAAUUUCCGAGGCAAUGAAUUUAAGGCUCUGAUUUAUGAGUUCAUGGAAAAUGGUAGCUUGGAGGAGUGGUUGCAUCCGUAUCUUGCACCAAAUGGGAUGCAAAGGCAAAGAUUAAGUUUUGUUCAGAGACUGAACAUUGCUUUCGACAUAGCAUGCGCGGUGGAUUAUCUCCAUCAUCAGGGCCAAAAUGAGGUGAUCCAUUGUGACCUCAAACCAAGCAACAUUCUUCUGGAUGCCCAAAUGAAUGGACAUGUGGGCGACUUUGGCUUGGCUAGGAUAUUCCCAAAUGCCAUUGGUGAUUUGCUAGCAAGUCAAACAAGCUCAAUUGGACUUAAAGGAACCAUUGGCUAUGCUCCUCCAGAGUACGGAAUGGGAAGCGCAGUGUCCAAAGAUGGCGAUGUGUAUAGCUAUGGAGUCCUGCUGCUGGAGAUUUUUACGGGAAAGAGACCCACCCAUAACGAGUUUAAGGAUGCUUUGAACCUUCACGAUUAUUGUGCGGGGAAAGGGUGGCAGAUAUAG